AUGUUCAGAACUCGGUUGCCUGCUAUUUUGUCCAUCAUCUUAGAUCUUGUCACCGAUAACCAGGCUUUGCUGGGAGAUCCCCUUUAUCUAGGGCUUCGGCAACAGCGCUCUUCGGAAGCCGAGAUGGAAGAAUUCAUAGACGAAUCCUUUAUGGAGAUGGCCCUCAUGUUUCCAAGGCAUUGGUGCAAAUUAGAGGACUUUUCGAGUGGCCGCGCCUUUUCCUACUCGUCUCGUUUCUGCCCAAGGCUCCCACUUAUUGAUGACGACGUUCAAUGUAUAGGCGCGGUAGUUCUUGCCGGUCUUCUAUCCGCUGCGCUACUCUUGCCUCUGGCACCAAAAGAUCACUGGUUCCUCUUCUACGGUACCGAUUCCGACGGCGUUGGUGUAGCUAAACAAACAUCGCCCGUUUUAUCAAGCCCACAGCACUUAUUGGGCUUUUCUACUAUCAAAGGUGGUUCCACAGAAACCGUUAUUUGUCAUAUGGCUUCGCGGACCCCACGUCUUAUCACCUUCCCAUUCUCGAUCCCUUCGCGAUUCUCUGAGCGUACAUCCGCGGAAGCACUCCGAACAAGUGGCGGAAGUGUCAUCUUUGCGUCUGUUUCCCAUUUCCAAGGUAGAACGUUUGGUGCAUGCAAGUGGGAACCAGGACAAACUAACAACACGUACAUCCUUCCAGGUCUGGCCCUCAGCACCAUCCUGUGUUGCGCGUCUUCCGUCACUGGCAGCAUGGUUGUCGCGUCUGUGCUUGGGCUGACCAAAUGCCUUACCUGGGCUGAACGCGCUUUUGAGCUCAUCCGUUCGCGAAUAGCACGAAUCCGGGAUAUCAAUGCUCACGUUGCAGCGCAUGUGAUCCGUGCUGCUCAGGCAGCAGCAAGCUGGCUCUAA